CUCUUUCUCUCUAUCUCUCCAACACAGCAGUGUGUGUGUGUGUAUGCGUGUGCGCGAGAGCGAGCGCUUCUGUAUAUGUAUGUGUGCUUGUGCGCCCUCGCGCGAGCAAGGGACAUAGACAAGAGAAAGACAGCGAGAGCGAGCGCGAGAGAGAGGCUGGUCGCGCGCUCUUCCCCAGCGCGCAUCUUCUUCUAAUGCGUUAAUGCGUUAUCCUGCGGACGCGCUUCUGUCUGGAUCUCUUUGAUUCUUCUUUUUUAUAUCUAUUCUUCUUCUUCUGGAGGAGCAGAAGAACAUCUGGAUGCUGCUGGUGAUGCUUCUGCUGUUUCUGCUGGAUGCGACCCCUGCCAGAUGUGGUGCGGGGGGCUUCUUCACGGCCCUGACGGAUCUCUGAAGCGCGCGAGAUGGACGAGAACAUGCGAAGAAGGCCCUUGUAGGAAGAAUCUUCCUCUUCUGAAUCCCCCUGCUCAUCUUCAUCUUCUUCAUCACUGUCAUCACCACUACUAUCAUACUCGUCUUCUUUUUCUUCUUCUUCUUCAUCAGCAGCAGCAGCAGCAUCAUAAUCGUAUCCUCAGCAUCAUCAGCAUCACUGUCACCAUCAUCAUCAUCAUCAAUCUAAACCUCCACCUCCACUGAAGCCCAUCCAAAGCAGUCAAGACGGACGGGGUGGUGGAGAACCGCGCCAAGAAGCGGGGCAACAUGCGCGAGCGGGACUUGGCUCCGGGCGCUGACCGGGGCAAGCCGGCCACCUACACCGGGGACAAGAAAGCCAAGAUGGCCGCGAAGACCAACAAGAAGUGGGUGAGGCUGGCCACCGUCUUCGCCUACGUGCUGUCCGUGUCGCUGGCCGCCAUCAUCCUGGCCGUCUACUACAGCCUGAUCUGGAAACCCGCGGCCGCAACGUCCCCGGCGCACCCCGGCACCACCGCGCCCCCGCCGGGGAACGCCACCGGCGCCAACACCACUCUUCCCAACAGCACGAUCCCGUGGGCGCACGAGGCGAACGGCACGAGCGACAGCAGCCUGAACGCCACAUCAAUCGCGUCGAUCAUCGUGCAGGAUGUCGCGGCCAACAACACCAGCAACAACAGCAGCAGCGGCGGUGGUGGUGGAGUAAUCUGAGCCUGGAAUGGAGUUUGGUUGGCUUUGGUUGGUUUGGUGUUCAUCAGACUGACUCCCAUCAUCAGAGACACCAGUUGGAUCCAUCAUACAUCAAGUUUGUGAUGGAUGAUGAUGGAUAAUGCUAGACACCUUUUUAUGACAGCACCGGUGGACUGGACACACCGUUUUGGACGACCCAAUGGACACCAGUGGACACUGUUCAUUUAGACGCACUAUGGUUGAGAACAUUAUGGACUCUGCUAGUAACCAAUGUUGAACUAUUUCAAUUGAACCGUUUGAUUGACCCCCCCAAUGGACAUCAGUGGACAAAGCUUAUCAAGCAGAUUAUCAAGAUUAUCAGCUAUCAUCAUCAUCAAUAGCUAGCGUGUGGGGCUCUCACAUGUGGGGCUUUCACGCUAACUCACGAAACUAAGUGGACUAGGAAGGUUCCAGUGGGUUCCAGGUUGGUUUCAGUUUGGUUCUAGGUGGGUUCCAGAUGUACAUGGGUUUAUUGAGUAGGUACAGUAUGAUGUAGCUAGCUAGUUUGUUGGUGUGUUUCCCAAAGCGGGUCCAUUGGGAUCGUUGCUACUCAACUUAAAGGUUCAAUCCCAUUUCUCUUUUGUACCCCUACCCCUUGUUUUCAAGCGAAUAUACGCUGGUUACAGAUAUACACACUAAAAAAAACAGAGGUAUGAUAUAAGUACUUUCUUGUACUGAAAGGUAUACUUUUCAUAAUUUCACCCACAAAGUUAAUAUUAAUCAGAUGUGUUCCAUUCAUAGUACAGGAAGUACAGAUUUGUACCAUUUAUUCAACCAAAAGGUACACUCGGUAUUCUGUAUCACUGUGCUAAUAAACAAAAUAUAUUUUAAUUAUAUGUUUUUCAUUUGAAAGCCACACAAUUUUGGAACAUCAAGUUCUUGACACAUAUUUAGUUGAUGAUAAUGCUCAUAUUCUUUAUAAUCUUUACUGGUACAAAAAAAACAUGGGUACAAAAAUAGACUUUCACUGAAAGAAAGAGCUUUAUAAAAAGCUUUAUACUCUUAUAUAAGUACAAAACCGUAAUUAUUUUUGGAGCCCGCAAGUUUAACAACCUAGCUGCUGCUGGUUACCUAGUUCACUUUAGGGCUUUUAUCAUUGUCUAUGUCUUAAUUCAUCUGUGAUAAGGAGCUGAAAUUACCUUUUAUUAGCUUUUAUUUGUUCCACCUUAAAUCUUUAAAUUCUACAGCCUCUGCCAUUGCCUAUUGCAUUAUUUAAGGUGGAACAGCAAAGUUACUAAAUUAGCUAGCUAAUGAAGUGAACUACUAGUGAUUGUUUUAAAGAAAAUUGCAAUAAAACAUUGAAAAUACACGUUCAGUUAUGGUGAUAUAGUGGUUAUCAUAAUGUUUACGAAGGAAAAUAGGAACAUGCUCAAAUUUGUGGGUUUCUAUGAUCAAUUGAAGGGUCAUACAGCUCUACCACUGGGGGUAGGGGGAAGUGGUAGGACCAAGGGGUUUGAGAAAUGAGAUUGGGCCGUAUAAUCUGGCAUGGCAUGUAUAGCCCAUGCUGGUUUAACCCCUGCUGGUCCCAUUCAUUGCUGACAUCAUCCUAUUUAUCAUCCUAUAUGAUGGCCCCCUUGUGGAAACCAUGAACAAAAUGUUCUUAUUCCCAGUUGGGCUACCCAUGGGCACCAAUGGAUACCAACUGGACACCAGUGGAAUACAACUGGACACUGAUUGGACACUACCUUGGACACCACAAUGGAAAUUAACUAAUUGGAUCCCAAUAGACGUCACACCUUGAUUCUCUUCCCUCUUCCCUCUAGAUUUGUACUAUAAAUCCAAUGAAGAAUGUAACUUCCUCUCUUUUUUACUGGGUUUGCCUUAAUCGAUCACACAGACAGACUGCACUGGCCGCCACUGGGAGCACUGGGAGAACUGGGAGAACGAGAGCAUGUGGGCCCGUCUGAAGCAUUAAUCUCUCUCCACUUGCAUCAAUCAGUGUGCUUGCGUUAUUCUUACUUAAUAAGCAUUAUUAGCCUCUUAUCCUCUCGCAGAGUUGCAGAGAGAGAAGCGCAUCUAGUAUGGAAUGCAGGCUGAACCUAAUGAACUACUGUUUUUUAUUAUUAUUAGUAGUUUAUUUUAUAUUUUUAGCUUUUUUUUUUUAAAUAAUUUAGGACACAGCCCUCAUUUUUAUUUAAUUUUAUUGUAUUUUUUAAAUGAAAAGAAAAGAGAAAAUGUGAAAGGAAGAGGAGGAGGAGGAGGGUCUGUGUCCCUAAAGCCGUACUAAUUAAUCAGGAGGCCUAUAUCAGAGGAGCCUGCGUUCAGUUCCGCUCAGGUAUGUGCAGAGAUAAUUCGCGCCAAUGUAAAUGCAGAUGUGUAUUUGCUGAUGUACAUAUAAAUAUAUAAAUAUAUAAAUACGAUUAGGGGCGCACGCUCUGGACUUUCUGCAUAGAUACAAACCUUUUUACGAGAAUACUGUAUUCUGAGUACGUAUAUAAAUAUAUAUGUAUAAAUAUAAAUACAUGUAUAUAUCUAAUCUACGAAAUGGCUAAUAAACGCCCUUGUAAGAAAUAAACAAACACAA